AUGACGUCCACCACCAACGAGAAGACCUUCAAAGUCUUCACCGGCUCCCCAAAUUCUUCUCCCUCCAUCAAGACCGCGAGCCACCGCGCCCCUGGCCCCCGCGAAGCCCUCGUCAAAAUCACCCACAGCGGCGUCUGCGGCACCGACCUGCACUAUGCCGGUGCCCCAAUGGGGCUCGGCCACGAAGUUGUCGGCACAGUCACCCAACUCGGCGCGCAUGCCUCCGCCAUCUCAGACCUGAAGAUCGGCGACCGCGUCGGGCUGGGGUGGAUGCAAAAGGUGUGCUUGCAUUGUGAUGAGUGUCUCGCGGGAGAGGUGUUCCGGUGCAAAGAGGCUGUGUGUUUUGGGGCGGAGGGGAGUGAUAUGAAGCAAGGCGGUUUGGGGGAGGAGGGGUGUUGGGAUGUUAGCUGUUUGUUCAGGGUGCCGGAGGGGGGGAUGCACCCUGGUGACCGCGUGGGCGUUGUUGGCGUGGGCGGUCUAGGGCAUCUGGCGAUCCAGUACGGGAGUAAGAUGGGGUAUGAGAUGGUUGUGUUCUCCGGAACAGAAUCGAAGAAGGCCGAGGCGUUGAACUUUGGUGCAGCGGAGUUCUAUGCCACGCAAGGCGUGAGCAAGUUCGAGGGUGUCAAGCCCAUCGAUCAUCUGCUCAUUACCACGAGCGUGCUGCCAGACCUGAAUCUGUUUGCACCGAUCUUCAAGACAGGCGCCAAGAUCUUUCCACUUACCAUAUCGAUGGAGCCCCUACAGGUACCCAUGAUGCCGCUGAUCUCAACUGGUCUGAAGAUUAUCGGAAGUGCUGGAGCCAGAUUCUGGAGUUUGCGGACGAUGCUCGAGUUUUCGGCGAAGCAUGGUGUCAAGCCCCAGAUCGAGAAGUUUGACUUCACGGAUGAAGGUGUGAACGGUGCUAUAGAGAAGCUGAAGGAUGGCAAGAUGCGGUAUCGUGGUGUAGUUGUUGUAGCUUGA